AUGGUCCGCACAAUCCAUCUGGCAAUAUUCUCGAACGGCGCGCGGCCCGCUCAUUAUGCUGUUUUUGUCCCUUCGGGUGAUGCGGGUAAGGUGGGGAAACUUAUACAUGUCACCGGGACUACAGCCACUGGAUUUUUCCGAGAGUUCAAGCGCAACUACGACUUCAAUGCCACCCAACGCAAGCACCAUAUUAUACCUCUUGCUCAAGUCGAUGGGCGGUUCAUUACUGAUACUGUGGGUAAUGGACAGCCGGGAGUAGACACAACUGCGCGUGAUCGACUAGAGUCAGCCGCCACAGUAGUUCUGCCUCCCGGCCGCAGUCCCAACCCUUUUGACCCAUCGGCUCCAAAUUGCCAAGAUUGGCUGCAAAGUUACGUCCAAAAGCUUGUCGAGGAGGGUCUCAUAGCUGGCAGCGCCAUCUCAGUGGUCCAAAAUGCUCCAAAGCUACUGUGA